UACUACGCGCAAACCAGGUUUCAAAUCAUGUUUUUUUUUUUUACACCAGUGCGUAGUAAGCAUAAAAGUUUGGUAUAACCAGACAGUGACGAACACCAAUUUUAUAUUUGUGUAAUUUAUCUUACGAUCAUGAAAGUCAUGUUUUGGGAAUGAAGAAGACAACCCUUCUAAGUCUUUCAAAAGGUACAGACAAAGAAAUUGAAACAAUAGAAACAACUGAAGAGGUACAAGAAGAGAACAAAGAAACACAAAACCAAGCAAAAGUACAGGCAGAUUCUGUGCAGCCCACACAGGAAACAUCUGCUUCUGCACUUCUUCCAGAAAGGCUUUCAGCAGAGAAAGAAAAGUCAGCUUCAAACAUGGGUUCUGGAAAGUUGAAGAUUCAAGUUGUCAAUGGCCGCAAAUUACAAAAUAAGGAAACAUUUCAGACUAGUGAUCCCUACUGUAUGUUAGAACUUGGAUCAACAAAGCACAAAACAAAACAUGUUAGCAGUAAUUUAAACCCUGAUUGGAAUGAAAGUUUUACCUUCGAUGUCCAACCUGGUAUGGAUGUUGUCUCUUUAUCCAUUUGGGAUAAAAACUCUAUCAAGAAAGAUGUAUUCAUGGGAUAUUCUUACGUCACUUUUAACAAUAUUCAAAGAGGCCAACCUACUCCUAAGACUGCUAACAUGCUGGGUGGUUGCUCAGGUCAGAUCAAUUUGAUACUCACUGCAGACUUUGAAACACAAGCAUCUAAAAUUGAAAACAUGACUCAACAACUUCAACAAGGUACUGCAGAUAACAACAAAUCAAAAGAUGAAAUUGCACGUCUGAAUGGAGAAGUGAAUCGAAUGUCUGCUGAGAAUGAUAGAUUUUCAGCUAACAACAAAAAAUUGGAAGAAGAAAACAAAAAGUUUGAGGAGAACAAUAAUCGACUGGAAGCGUCUGUUAAUAAGUUGGAGGAUGAAAACAACAAAUUUGAGGCUAACAACAAAAAGCUGGAAGAAGAAAACAAAAAAUUUGAAGAAAGUAACAACCGUUUGGAAGCUUCAGUAAACAAAUUGGAAGGGGAAAAUAAAAAGUUUGAAGAAAACAACAAAAAGUUAGAACAAGAGAAUAAAAAAUUCGAAGAAAACAACUUGAAACUGGAAGCUGAAGUAAAUAGAUUGGGUGGCGAGAUCAAUAAAAUGGCAGAAGAAAAUAACAAGUUUUCAGAAAACAAUAAAAAACUAGAGGAACAAGUUGGCAUGUUGGAAGGAGAAGUUUCCAAAAUGGGAGAGUUAAACAAAGAGUAUGAAGCAAAUAACAAAAAAUUAGAAGAAAAUGUAAAUAAACUGGAAGGUGAAGUUAAUAAAAUGACUGAAGAAAACAACAAGUUCUCUGAAAACAACAAGAAGUUGGAAGAACAAGUUGGACAGUUAACUGGAGAAGUGAAUAAAUUUGCCGAAGAAAACAACAAGUUCAAAGCCAACAACGAGAAAUUGGAACAAGAGGUUUCUAAAAUGGGUGCAGAGAAUGAAAAGAUGGCAGAAAACAAUAAAAAUCUAGCUGAUGAGAUCGCACGAUUGAAAGCAGAAAUUGAUAGAAUGGCAGAAGAGAAUAAGAAGUUUGCUGAGAACAACGAAAACCUUAAGAAAGAGGUUGAGAAAAUAACCGGCGAAAAUGAGAAAUUCGCAGAGAAUAAUAAGGUGUUACAAGAUGAAAACACUAAGUUUAUUGAGAACAACAAAACAUUAACAUUAACUGUCACUGAACUGAAAGAACAAGCAGAUAAAUUCCGUGAGAUCUACGAGAAAUUGCUGAAAGAAAAUGAAAAACUUGCGAAGAUUAGGGAUGGACUGCAGGAACAAUUAACGGGAUUUCAAAAACUGCAAGAGAUGAUUUUUGCACAGCUGAAUGAAAAAAUGCGAGCAAUGGAUCGUUCUCUGUUGGAAAAGAUAGCAGCAGACAUAGAAAUGAUGGAUGAUGAUCAAGGUUUGUCGCGCGACGAAUUCGGUAAAUUCAUGAAACGCGUACCAACGCAUUUAAAAGAGAAGUUUGAGAAGAUUGCAGACGAUUUUCAAAAAUUUGAUACGAACAAAGACAAUGUUAUCGAUUCCGAUGAAUUCGGAACAAUGUUGGAUCAAGUCAUGAAAGAAACAGAGAUACCGAGUGCAAGUUCAGAUGAAGAAAGAUGAAGAGAUAUCCAUUAUUUACAAAUGUCUGAUAAUGUCUUGACGUUGUAAAAGCUGCUAUUAAGUUUUAAGUCAUGGCUAUCCCUUUCUGAAGAUUUGAAGAUUUCAUCAACUUUGCACUUUUUUAUUACAUCUAGUUUGUUUAAAUUUACAAUGUGGUCAUACGGUAUAAUUACAUGUUCAUCUUUGUUGCUUGUUUUUCGUUUGUUUGUUUGUUUGUUUGUUUGUUUGUUUGUUAUUACCUUUAAAAGAGAAGUUAUUUUGGAAAUAAGAUAUACAUUCAUUACGUUCUUUCAUCUCUUUAGGUAGUUUUGUGCGCUGUGAUGUCAUAAUUUUAUAAUUAUUUUUAAUAAUUUAAUAGUUAUUUUUUCUAUGUUAUUUUAUGCAAAAUUUUAAAAUUAAAUUUAUUUUUCGUAUUUACAAUUUUCAAAUUAAUAAUUUCGGUUGGUGGUAAAAGAUAUGUAUAGUAGCUAUAUUUUGUUCUUUGAAUUUAGAUAUAAGAAUAUUUUUCACAAAUUUAUUUAUCUUCACAA